UUCACUUCCCUUCCCUGCCCUAAAUCUAAAAUGAUUUUUCUAGCUCCGUGCGUGCCGCCAGUGCUCCAUCCUCCACUUCCAGCGGCGUUUCUACCAUCCACCGUCCAGCCUCCAGUCUCUUUCUGAGUAGAGCCACGCACGCAUCUCGCCCUGUGCCUCCGCUCUCCUCCCGACUGGACUGAUUCACCAUCGUCGAUUAACUUUCAGCUCUGCGCGACUCUGCGAGCUGACUCCUCAGUCCUCACCUCAAUCCUCUAUCGAUCUUUAGUCUCUCUUUCCACGCAAUCAUCGGCGUCGGCCGUCGCUCUCUAUCGGCUCUCCACGCAUCGUCGGGCCGUCGGCAAUUUGGUAGCCCUCAGUUGAGCCUUUCACAGUCCGUGGACCAGACUCCGAGACCAAGAGUGCCUCUCGCUCCUCCAGCCCUCGGUUGUUUCGUCUCGUACAUCGCUGACUGCCAGCGCCACCCUGUGUUGUUGAACUUGAGUCAACUGUAGAAGAUCUCAAGAAAGAACCAGUCUCCUUCACCGCAAUGAUAAAAGGUUGUUCUUUCUUUUAAUUUCUUGAAUUGCAAUUAAGAAGAGUGAAAAGGAAAAGAAUCCCGCCUUACAAAUAAUCGAGUUGAGGCUGCAGACAAAUUCAAACCCUCACCAGCUGAAAAAUGGCAGAAGAGAAAGAAGAAGUGAAGACGUUUAAGGAUUUGGGGAUAUGCGAACAAUUGUCGGAUGCGUGUGACGAUUUGGGAUGGAAAAACCCUACGAAGAUACAAGUCGAAGCAAUUCCCCAUGCUCUUGAAGGCAAAGACUUGAUCGGUCUUGCUCAAACGGGCUCUGGUAAAACUGGAGCUUUUGCUCUUCCCAUAUUGCAAUCGCUUCUCGAAGCUUCAGAGAAAUCUGGGCAACCGUUCUUUGCUUGUGUGAUGUCUCCUACGAGGUUGGAAUUGGCAAUUCAGAUAGCAGAGCAAUUUGAAGCUUUAGGAUCUGGCAUUGGUGUGAAAUGUGCUGUGCUUGUUGGUGGGGUAGAUAUGGUGCAACAGGCUAUCGCACUUGGAAAGCGGCCGCACAUCAUCGUUGUAACUCCCGGGCGUCUUGUGGAUCAUUUGUCAAACACAAAAGGUUUUUCUCUACGCACACUGAAAUACUUGGUUUUAGAUGAGGCAGACAGGUUGCUAAAUGAGGAUUUUGAGAAAUCACUUGAUGAAAUUCUAAAGGUUAUACCACGGGAUCGAAGAACAUACUUAUUUUCUGCAACUAUGACCAAAAAGGUGAAAAAGCUCCAGAGGGCAUGUCUAAGGAAUCCAGUGAAGAUAGAAGCAGCAUCUAAAUAUUCCACUGUUGACACAUUGAAGCAGCAAUAUCGCUUUAUUCCUGCCAAAUACAAGGAUUGCUACCUUGUAUAUAUUCUAACAGAGAUGUCCGGAAGUACUUCCAUGGUUUUUACUCGAACAUGUGAUGCAACUACUUUUUUGGCCUUGGUCCUCCGAAAUCUUGGUUUAAGGGCCAUCCCAAUUAAUGGUCAUAUGACUCAGUCAAAGAGAUUGGGAGCCUUAAAUAAGUUCAAAGCUGGAGAGUGCAAUAUUCUUAUAUGCACUGAUGUAGCAAGUAGAGGACUUGAUAUUCCAUCAGUAGAUAUGGUUAUUAAUUAUGAUAUCCCUACAAACUCAAAGGAUUACAUUCAUCGUGUUGGAAGAACUGCUCGUGCAGGACGAUCUGGGGUUGCAAUCUCGCUUGUGAAUCAGUAUGAAUUGGAGUGGUAUCUACUGAUAGAGAAGCUUAUUGGUGAAAAGUUACCUGAAUUUCCUGCUGAGGAAGAGGAAGUCUUGCUUCUGCUGGAGCGUGUCAUUGAAGCCAAAAGAAUUUCCCAAAUGAAAAUUAAAGAAUCUGGUGGCAAGAAGAGGAUGGGCGGAGGAGACGGUGAAGAAGAAAUUGAAAAAUAUUUAGGCAUCAAGGAUAAGAAGUCCAAAAAGUUCAAGAAAAGAUGAGAUGAGCAUAACUUUCUGUGGAAUUUUUUUUUUAAAUAGUUUGGCUUAAUAAAAAAUUGGUCAAGCAUUUUUUAAAUGAUUUUAAAUUUGAGUUUAAUUGUAAGUUUAUUUAUUAGAUGUGUCAAAGUUUAAAAUUCAAUAGUAUCAAGUUUAUUAAGAUUUUUUGUGA